CUCAUUCCCGGAGGGAGACGCGGCGGAUCGCACCGUCGGGAGCGCCGUCCGAGGGAUGCCCCGCCGGCCGGGGAUAGACCCUGGUGGCGAGGGACACCUCGGCGCGGGUGGGUCCCCUCCAGCCGCCUGACAAGCCGCACUUCACCGUGAGAGCCAGGCUCCUCGUGUCUGCGAGCACAUUUGUGUAUUUAGGUGCCCUUACAGCUCAGAUUUAAUUAGGAUUAAUUAGGUACAUCGGGAUCUGCGUGAAACACAAGCACCUAUUUAACAUGCGUUGGUAGAAAGCGUUUGUUCAGGCUUUUGCUUGAAUUCAAUCAACACUUCUGUGUCUCUGCAAGCAACAGUAGAGAGCUGCUGCCUUGGUGCAUUCAGUUGCUCUCCAGUGGGAGUUCACUGUGCUUUCUUCCUCGAGAGAACAGCUCGGAGGACAGGCAGGUCUGACGAGCGUGAAGACAAUGGUCAGUGCUCUCCUUUCGUGGGGGUGAACGAAGCCCUCUCUGCAAUACCCUGCUGCAAGUGCCCCACCGCAGUGGUCUGUGAAGUAGCAAUCAAAAGAUGCAGAGGCAGGGGGUAGAAGCCCUUCAAAAUUUGAGAAGUGGGAAAGGAAGGAAAGGCAAGUUAGUUUUCGAGAAGCAAGAUAAGUUUGCCCAAGAGAAGAAGAGGAAGAAGAUGAGGAGUUGAGAAACAGAAGUUUUGAAAAGGGAAUGGGUGGUAAAAAAGAAUAAUGUGUCUAGGCAGCACUGACAGGGAGAUACUGUGAUCUAAGGAAGGAGACGGGGUGGUCUGGGGAGCAUGGAAACUCAGAAUUUACAGGAGUUUCAUCUGAACAAGACUAAGAAUAUGGUAACAAAGAUGUGGACCAUUACUUUUUCCAUGUUGAAAAUCCAGUUACCAGAGUUUUGACCAAGUAUUUUCAUUUGUGGGAGUGGAAUGGCAAAGUAGCUUAAUCUGAUGUUUUGCUGACAUUUUGUUACAAGAGGUUGUUUCUCUUUUCUUUCUUUUUUUUUUUUUUUUUUUGGUUUUGGUUGUUUGUUUGGGCUUUUUUUUUUUUGAGAGAAGUAGAAGAGAGGUUAAAACAGUUCUGAAAGAUGAGGGGAAAAAUGAAAUAAUCUUGAAUUAAGUUGUUUUGCUACCCGUUUAAACAGCUGAGUUUGUUGCUGGAGGAAAAAAAAGAGGGGGGAAGUAACGUGAUGUACUGCCACAGUAAUGUACUGCCACACACAGAAUCUUUGUUUUCUUUCUGUAUACUAUUUCAGGGUCAAUUCACCAGAGUAAAAGCACAUGAAAUUUUCACGUGGUGGUUUGCUGGUGACAGUUUUAUGGAGUUGCUUUUACCUCUUGGUCUCUUAAUGUGGCGUCUCCCCCCACAUCACCCUGCUCCCGGCCAUACUUAGCAAGAAGCCACCUCAAGAGCCUCCCACAGAUUCGUAUUUUAAACUCCACUUCCCUAGUGUGGGCUCUCUAUUGAGAGCACUGUGAUUAAACUGUGCACCCAGAGGAUGAGAUCAUAUAAUGCUUGAGCAGGCGCUUAUUCAUAGCAGAACUUGCAGUGGAAGAUUUUCUACCUACCAGCAGGUGAGUCUUAACAAAUGCUCCCAUAUUAAAAAAUGGGGUCUCUAAUUCAUCUGUUAAUUAAAAUGAUUUCAUUUUUCUGGCAUUAGGUGAGUAUCAAUGCAGGUUAAGGGAAAAAAAAAACAAAACACUAACAUAUUCAUUAGACUUGACUGUUUUUGUCUUGAGCUUGUUAGAUUUGAGACCCGGCUUCAUAAAACCUGAGCUUAAUGGAUUCUCCCAGUGCAUAUUUUCAGAAGCUUCACAGAUGAGUAAGUUAUGCUGCUCCUUCAGCCUCUGGCUCGUCAGAGCUCCUCUGCCUGCUUACUGUCUCAUGGGAGGCCAGGUGACAAGGAAGCAGCACCCUGGGAUGUCCAAAGCCACCACAUUGAAGGGUGGGGAGGAGCACAGCUGACACAAUAAGUGAGGAGGAUUGGACUUCGUCUGUGGGUAUUACAAUGGGCAACAUGGGCACCAAACUAUCUCCUACAAGCUGCUGCCAAAGACAGCUUCCUGCUUUUCUUUUGUGGUGAAACAGAAUUGCAUUGGCUCUACCCUGUGGAUGGCUGGUGGCAGGGUGAUUUACACCCCACUGCAAUUGUGCUGGCAGCCCGCAAUGGGCCAUAACAUUUCACUGCUCCUUCAUUUGAGACUCAUUUAAUUCAAUGCGGGGAAAAAAACACACCUCGUGUCUCCUGUCUUCUUGGACUCCCCAAGCUGCCCUUCCUAAGGUUAUAAAACACCAGACCAAAUCAAGAAAAGGAAAAAGAAAAUAAAUGCCCAAACAAAACACAGACUUCGAAACAGACUUCAAAACUGCCCAAUUUGAUUAAAAAAUGAAGUAGCCAGAUUGAAGAAAUAGAAAAAUCUUCGGAUUGUGGAAAGGAGAAAUAAGAAUGGUUUAUUUCUGUAUUAUAUAAACGCCAAAGUCAUGGUGAUGGCAUUGUGCCAUUCAACUAACCCUAGGGCUCCUGCAAUAAUUCAAGGCCAUACAGGAGGGACAUCUUCCAGCUAUUGCAGGGAGGGAAAAGGAGGGGCCAUGUUUGGGAGGGACAAAGCUGAGAGCAAGGGAGAAAGCAUCUGCCCUGAAAGUUGGAGAACAAUUCUGUUAACUCACACAGCUUAUUCCAGCACCUGUGUCAAGCCUUCUGCAGCUGCUGCCAGUCUACAGUGUACACCUGAGCCUGAGGUCUGCAGACCACAGUUUGGAAAUUGGUUUCCCAAGCAUAGACAGUUACAGGAAAUUUUGCCAAAGUGAUUCAUGGUUUGAAUGCAAAUCAGUUGACAGAUCAAGUAAUUCAGAGAAGUAAGCGAAUGAUUCUGGAUACUCUUGGAGUGGGGCUUCUGGGCACCAGCACCGAGGUCUGCCACAGAGUGGCACAGUACAGCAAGAUCUACAGCUCAGAUUUAUCCAGUACCAUCUGGGGCCACUUGGAUUUCCGACUGCCUCCUCUGUAUGCAGCUUUUGUGAAUGGAGUGGCUGUGCACUCAAUGGACUUUGAUGACACCUGGCACCCAGCCACGCACCCAUCUGGGGCUGUGCUCCCCGCAGUGAUUGCACUCUCAGAGGCCUUGCCUCGGAAGAAAAAAAUCUCGGGUCUUGAUCUGCUCUUAGCUUUCAAUGUGGGAAUCGAAGUGCAAGGCAGGUUGCUGCACUUCUCCAGAGAAGCCAGGAAUAUCCCAAGAAGGUUUCACCCACCGGCUGUGGUUGGUACGAUGGGGAGUGCAGCAGCUUGUGCUAAACUGCUAGGUCUUGACCAGCUGGAAUGUAAAAAUGCCUUGGCUAUUGCUGCCUCCUAUGCAGGUGCCCCACUGGCUAAUGCAGCAACCCAAAUAAAGCCCCUCCAUGUUGGGAACGCUGCCAAGCACGGACUGGAAGCAGCUUGCUUAGCUUUACAGGGCCUUCAAGGAAACAAACAGAUCUUGGACAUGGAGUCAGGGAUGGGUGCCUUUUAUACAGACUACAAUCCACAGACUCUGCCAACCCUGCAGUCCUACCCAUGGCUCUUGGACCAGCAAGAUGUGGCCAUCAAACGCUUUCCUGCUCAUCUUGCAACACACUGGGUGGCGGAUGCAGCAUCCUCUGUUAGGAGGAAGCUUGUAGAGAGCAGUGAGAACUUGCUCCCCCUUGAUAAAAUUGAGAAAGUCAUUCUCAAAGUCCCUGAGGUCAAGUAUGUGAACAGACCCAGCCCAGCCUCAGAGCAUGAAGCACGACACUCCUUCCAGUUUGUUGCGUGCUCGGCCUUGCUGGACGGCAGCAUGUCCGUCCAGUCCUUUGCCAGUGAGAACAUUCACCGGCCGGCCUUGUGGGAGCUCCUCUGCAAAACACAGCUGGAGCACCCUCCUGACAACACCCCCAGCUUCGACAGCCUUUACUGCGAAGUGAGUGUCACGCUCCGGGAUGGCAACACGAUCAGCGACCGCUGCACCACCUUCUACGGGCACUGGAGGAAACCUCUGAAAAAGGAAGACUUGGAGAAAAAGUUUCAAUCCAAUGCGCUUGGCAUCCUGCCCACAGAAGCCAUGGAAGGCAUUAUAGAGACUGUGUACAACCUGGAAAGAGUAGAGGACUGUUCUGUAUUAAGUACAUUUCUAUCAGGACAGUCUGCUAGAGCACUUCCAGAUAAGCUGCGCUUCCUUUGAGGGUUCCAGCCCACAGCUACAUGCUCUUCACAAAGCUAAUGCAAAAUUCAGGACAAACUCUUACUUAGUGACUCGAGCACUUUUAAAUAAGACUCCUGUAACACAAGAACCAUAUUCAGUCCAAUAUUGUGCAUUUUGACUUGGUAAAUAAUUUGGUGUUUAUGUGCCCAGCUUAGCCAGGCUGAACAGAAGAUCCUCUGCUGGCACAGCUGACUCCAGCUAUCUUUGUACCUCUAGAGGCAGAGCACUCACUGCUUGCUCAUGGCACAAAAAUCUCCCUGCUCCUCUGCCAAAAAUGUGUGAUUCUGCUUCCAAAUUCUGGAAGAGUAUGAAAGCGCUGCGUCCUUGAAAAUCAUAAUGGUUAGAAGUACAGAGAAUGAAAACCUUUUCAUAAUUAUUUCUGUAGACUUACCUCUACAACCUCCUUGAAGAGUGAACCUGUUACGUCUGAGCGUCGACAUUUGUGCUAAAAUAAACACAGCACAUGCAGCAUGUCAGCUGUCACUGUAGCCAUUGCUCUUGCACUGAGGCAGCAAAGGCCUGGGCCCGGCCUGAUCACACCAGUGCUGAGCACGAGGGACAGCUCCACACUCCUCAUCAUAAAGGCAUUAUUGGCCAGUUCCACCUGUUGGCUGCUCUGUGGUACAGGUCUGUUCCUGUUUCACUCCUGCCCCAGUUCCACGAGACACUGAGCAGGUGACAGCAGUGCAGGUUACUUCAGACCAGCAGAGUGUGGGCUACACUACACUGGGCAGCAGUGACAGAGACCUGUGAGCACCAGAGCACUUCUUACGAGAGACAACUCAGUGUCCACAGUGAACCCAGAUAAUGAAGUCUGGGAAUGUUUUGUUCCUCCAGGAGUACAAAGCCUUGCCAGACUGAGCUUCUAAGAGAAGCUGCCAACCCUUUGUUCACACAUAUAAGAUCAAAGCAUGGUUUCUAAUACAUAGAAAAUUGUCUUCCUCAGGGCACUAAACAAUGU